AAAAAAGUUCAGUGAUGCUUAAUUCUGAUAAAAUCUAUGCUACUUAAUUUUUGUAUAAAAACUGUUUCAUUUUAAAUAUUUUCAUAGUCAGUCUCAGUAAUCCAAACGCAUCAACAUGAACGCAUGGGUGUCAGCAUUGUUAGUGGCAGUGUGCGUGGCUGGCGCGCUGGCCCGCAGUCCCCUGGAGCAACCUGCGGAACCACCUAGUCUCUCUGAACAAGUCGCACAGCCACUUAGUCCCUCUGAACAAGCUGCAGAGCCACUUAGUCCCUGGGAGCAACCCGCCGAGCCACUUAGUUCCUCGGAGCAGCUCUUGCAACCGGGCGCGCUCUGGCCCCCGGUUCCAGUGGAGGGCUGGCUGCCCAACGGCUGCCCGGCGCGUGGCGACGUGCCCUGGCUGCUGCCCGGCUGGUUCUGCCACCACUACUGGGCUUGCAGUAACGGGAAGAAAAUCCCUAUGCGUUGUCCGCGAGGGUUGCACUUCAACCGGUUCCUACAGGUUUGUGACUACCCUGAGAGCGCUGGCUGUCGGUUCAUCGUAUGGCCGUGGAACAAAGUUUAAGUUAUUUAGUCAUUAGUUUCUAAAUUAUGAAAAUAAUUGUAAAUAAAGAAUUAAGUAUAUUUUAA